AUGGGUGAACAAAAGCCUCGCCGAGUUCUUGUCGUCGUCUCAAACAAGAACCCACUAUGGGAGCAGGCUUGGUCUGCUUCAGAGGAUAAGUGCAAAGCUGCACUUGAAAUCCUCAAGAGUAACCAUUUACUGGAACACGUUGACCCAGCUGGUAUACGGCUACUAGCAAAGACCAACUGGGUAAUACGCGUGUUCAUUGUAUUCGACAUUGCGAAUGCUUCCUAUGAUCCUGCUACGGGUCAUUUGCCGGAGCAAAACAACCUGUUUCGAUUGUUUAUCUCAGUGGGACAGUCAAAGCUUAUCCAGCAGGCCCUCCGGUACAGAGCAGGGUGA